CCAUAAAAGUAAGAGAAGAAGACAAGAAGUUCCCUGAAAAGUAAAUAAACGAGGAAAAUGGAUAUAAAAGUGGAAAAGGAAGAUCCUGAUUAUGAUCUUGAGGCUGAGAAUCAGUUCAUUGAGUGCGACAUUGUGAAAGAAGAGUAUGAUAUUCAAGAACCCCCAGAAUCUGCUUAUGAAAAGAAUUUUUCUGUAUGUCAGGAUUUUAGCAUUUGCGAGGUGACUGAAGAUAUAGAGCCAAGUGAAAAGGAACACAAAUGUCCGGUUUGUGAGAAGACAUUUCAGGAAUCAAGUGAUAUUAACAGUCAUAUGAAGUCUCACGUUAAAGAAGAGAAAUCUUUAAAGUGCGGCAUUUGUGAUAAGAAUUUUACCAUCACAUUGCGUCUGAAGAGACACAUGAGAACACACAGAGAGAAAAAUCUUGAAUGUGCACAUUGUUCAAUGAAGUUCAAUGACAAACGCAAUCUUCUUUAUCAUAUAAGAACUCAUAUAGAAAAACCGCAACCAUGUGAAAUCUGCAAGAAGAAGUAUAAGAACUCGUAUAUGCUGAGAAAACAUAUGCGAUUGAAGCAUAAUAUUAGGACCUCAUUGCGCCAAUCACAAUUUUUAUUGUCUUGUGAUGUUUGUGGUAAAAAAGUCACGAGUCAAUAUAAUUUUGAUCGCCACAUGGCAAAGCACAACAAAGGCGAAAAGAAAAUUGAACAUGAAUGCGAAAUAUGCCAAAGAGUUUUCAGUAGAAAAUCAGUCCUUACAAGACAUAUAAAAAUUCACAGCACGGAAAAACCGUUCUCAUGUGACAUUUGCAGUAAAUCUUUCCGUCUCAGGAAUAAAGUGAAAAUUCACAGAUUUGUACACUUUCCUUCUGCAGAUUGUAAAUAUUGUGGUUUGAAGUUGAAGACAAUGUAUUCAUUAAUAGGCCAUAUGAGAAAUUAUCACAGAGGCCUUAUUCAGGAUGUGGAUGCAAUUCCCAAGUGUACACUUUGCGGAAAAAUAUUUCCUUGUGCGGAAGAAUUAAGGACACAUGCGGAAGAACAUAAAUUCGAGAAACUCCUCGAAUGCUCGUUUUGCGGCAUGGAAUUUAGUAGAAAAGGUCGCCUAUCUAAACACAUUGAUAAACAGCAUCGGAAAAUACAUUUCGCCUGUCCUUUUUGCCCGGCACUUUUCGAUAAGAAUCGCUUCUUGGAAAGCCAUCUACAAGUGGAUCAUCCUGGACUGUCCAUGGACAUGAAAGGUCCUCCGUUUAAGUGUUCUAUUUGCAAGAAUGGUUAUUUGCUGCUUGAGGACCUGACGGAACAUGUAAAAAUUCAUCAGUGUACGAAGGGAAAGCAGAGAAGACGGAAAAAUUAUCUUUCUAACCCCAGAAAACAGAAUAAAGUCACUUGCAAAAUUUGUGGACAAACCCUAAUGAAGCACAACUUGCAGAAACACAUUUCAACCAGGCAUAAUGAAGAGCACAUUUUAAAUCGUAACAAAAAGAAACUCCAGAAGAAACACAUGGAAAACGGAUUUAAGUGUUCAAUCUGCACAAUUGCAUGCAAAGAUCUUCCUGAUUUGCAGCAACAUUCGAUUCUUUGUGCAAGAAAACAUCGUUAUUUAAUUGACUAAUUAUUGAAUUGUAGCUAAAAUGAAUUAUUUGUCAAUAAAAAUGCAAGUAAAUUUAAUUUUUCUUAACAAAAUAUGAUUGUCAUAGAAUUAAGAGAUCUCUUAAGAUAUCGCUAAGAGACAAAUAUUCGACUCUUUGCGAACUUUACAGCAAACUCCGCAAAUGUCAAUCGAGUAAACAAGAAAAGUGUGCACACGCAGGAAAAUGGAUAUAAAAGUGGAAAAGGAAGAUCUCUGUUAUAAUUUUGAUGCUGAUAUUCAAACAAUUAAUACAGAUUUAGUGAAGGAAGAGUAUGAGAUUCAAGAACAUCCGGAGCCUGUUGAU